CUUGUGUGGGUGGCUAUGAAGUUUAAAUUGUCUAUUCCAGUUCUUAAUUUUUACUUAGAGCAAUAUAGGGAAUUAAAAACGUAAAAGUUGCAUAUGUACUUUCGCAAAAAAGGGCUGCAUAAAGUCGUAAUUCUAGUAGAAGACAUAGACUUUGUCUGGUAUAUACGCUCUGUUCGGCUAUUGUAUAACGCACUUUUUAUUCGAAAUAUUGAAAAAAUAAAUUGCACGGGACUUAGUUUAACUAUAUCGUUUUAUAAUGGCUUACAAUCCUCAAAGUUCCCAAAUGGAAAAUGCUAAUUUAAAAUCAAUAGAUCCUGAAAAAGAGAGAAUUAACUUGGAGAGAAAAAAACAGGCACAGCAGUCAUUUAUUUCGCAAAUUUUAGAUCAGGAUGCUCAAGCCCGCUUAGGAAGAAUUUCUGCUGUUAAACCGGAAAGAGCUACAGCGAUAGCAAACUUACUUAUAUCAAUGGUUCAACGAGGACAAAUUGUAGGUCGUGUGGAUGAAUCAACGUUUGUUAAAAUACUUUCACAGGUCGUUGACAGCGAAGAGUCUAAGAAACCCAAGGUUACCAUCCAGAGGAGAAGAGAUUUUGAUGAUUUUUCUGAUUAAACAAAUUUCUUAUUUC